GUCUCCAAAAUAAAUAAAUGAGCACCAUAAUUCAAAUUCAGUUUCCUUUCCCAUCGUUCGUCGAAUUUGCCACCGUCUUCAAAAAAAGUCUCUGAGAUUCGUCGAUGGCGACUUCGGGAUCAAGCCACGGUCCCUCCACAGAUCAACCUCCGCCAUCUCUCCCGAACUCAGGGAGUGCUGCUGGUGUUUGUAUAAUGAGCAACGCGUGGAAAGAUGAGCAAGACCCUUCCCUGAUCAGUUUCAUAUCCGCGUUUCUCGGCUCAAACUCUUUCAGGCUUAACUUUGUCUCCAUCUCCCCUGAUCUCAUCUUCAACUGUGGAGGCGUCUCUAUUGCUUUUGUUUUUGUGACCAAGUGGGAUGAUUGUUGCAAUGUUGGCUCCAUCUUCAACAGAGUCAAGAGGCUGAAAGCGCAGUUUGCGCGACUUUACGUUGUUGCCACACUUUCAACUAAAGAACAGGAUGAUUCUUUCAUGCGGUCUUACUUCCAAUAUGAGAUGGAGUUUGGGAAACCUGCGUUUGUACUAGUCACUGAUCCUGAGAUGGGAUUCGAGAAGAUUGUUAAGAUUUCUACCUCACGCGGGAUGUGCAAGCAACAGAAGGUGGCGUCUAAGGUCAAGGUUGAGAGAAAGCGAGCUGUCCAGGAUACAGACACGUUCAUCAGAGUUCUCACUUCCAUACCCAACAUUAACAAACAUGAUGCAAACUCGCUAUACCUAGCUAUUGGUUCAAUCGAAGCAGCCGCUAAAACAUCCAAAGAAGACAUAUUGGCAAACACAGAUCUCUCUUCCGACAAGGCUGAUAGUCUCAGCAGGUUUUUCCAGGAUCCCGAGUUCUAUCUCAGUCCCAAAUUUAACUGAUGACAGCGAGAACGAUUGUAAGAUCACAAGUCUUGGCUAAAGAUAAACGUCAUAAUGUCUUAGAACUUAACCAUAUUGUUCUUGGCCGUAACAGUUUCUCUCAAGAACUGUUCGUAGUUCUCUGCUGUAAUUACAAUACAUACACCUACAGGAGCCACUACCGGGUAUGUUAAAUGGUUCACUUCUUCA